AAAUAAAAGAAUAAUCCCCUCUCGGCCUCUCCUGCUGCCGUUUGUAUUUGAGGUGAAGCCAGUCGGAAAUCUGCUUCAUAUGCUGCCAGAAGGAGCUGUAUUUAUGAAAACGGUUGAGAGGUCAAGACGGGAUCAUUUGGGCAGAAUCUACUUCACUUGCUGCCAGUCGGGAAUCUGCCCAAGACGCUAUGAGAGGUCCUCCGAGCUUCGCUGGUCUCUCUAAUCUCUUGCAAGGCCGCAUCCCACGUACCCAUCUCCUCCAAAUCCAUGCCAGAGUCUUCCGUCUCCAUGCACACCAAGACGACUUGAUAGCAACUCGUCUUAUUGGCCAUUACCCAUCUCAUCUUUCUCUUCGCGUUUUUUAUCAAUUGCAGAGACCCAAUUUGUUUCCAUUUAAUGCUAUUAUCAGAGUCUUCGCUCAUGAGGGUCCUUUCCGAGAAUCUUUCUUUCUCUUCCGCAGAUUAAAGCGGCAGUCCCUUUCCCCUAAUGACUUGACCUUUUCAUUUAUCUUGAAGGCGUGUUUUGGUUCCAGAAAUGUGCUUUAUGUGAAACAAAUCCAUACCCACAUCUUAAAAGUUGGUCUUGUUACUGAUCCUUUUGUUUGUAAUGGUCUUGUGGCUGUUUAUUCUAAGUGCUUUGAAGAUUUGGCAUCUGCCCGUUUGUUGUUUGAUGAAAUGCCUGACAAAGGUGUAGUUUGUUGUUGGACUUCUUUGAUUGCUGGUUUUGCUCAGUCUGGUCAAUCUGAGGAAGUUUUGAGGCUCUUCUGUGAUAUGAUUGUUAAGGAGAAUUUGAGACCAGAGAAUGAUACAAUGGUCAGUGUUUUAUCAGCAUGUUCAAACCUUGAAUUCCACGAGAUUGAGAAAUGGGUAACUGUUUUAUCUGAAUUCACAAACAACACUGAAUCUAAGACUUCUAGCUGUGAUUCAGUCAAUAACGUUCUUGUCUAUUUGUAUGGGAAAUGGGGAAAGAUUCAAAAGAGUAGGGAAAGAUUUGAUAAUGUUUCUUGUAAUGGAAUAAGAAGUGUGCUUCCUUGGAAUUCUAUGAUAAAUGCAUACGUUCAAAAUGGUUUUCCUUUGGAGGCUUUAGGUCUUUUUCGGUUAAUGGUGGAGAAUCCUACAUGUAGACCCAACCAUGUUACCAUGGUUAGCGUGCUUUCUGCUUGUGCUCAAACUGGUGAUCUAGAGCUUGGAAAGUGGGUUCAUGAAUACUUGAAAUCCAAAGGACACAAAGGUGUUCUCGAAUUCAACACAUUCCUAUCGACUGCAUUGAUAGACAUGUACUCUAAAUGUGGGAGUUUGGACAAGGCAAAGGAGGUUUUCAACCAGAUGGUUUCCAAAGAUGUUGUCUCAUUCAAUGCCAUGAUAAUGGGUCUUGCAAUAAAUGGUGAAGGGAUAGAGGCGGUUAAACUUUUCUAUACUAUGAAAGAAUUUGGUCUACAUCCCAAUGCUGGAACAUUCCUAGGCCUUCUAUGGGCUUGCAGCCACUCAGGAUUAUCAGAUGAAGGACGAAAGAUUUUCCAAGAAAUGAGCUCAAGCUUUUUCGUCCUCCCUAAAUUGGAACAUUAUGCUUGCUAUAUUGAUCUUCUUGCACGAAAUGGCCAUUUGGAAGAAGCAAUCAAGGUUGCUACCUUAAUGCCUUUUAAGCCUAACAAUUUUGUAUGGGGAGCAUUGCUUGGGGGUUGCCUGCUCCACUCGAAAGUAGAUUUGGCUAAACUUGUUUACAAGAGGUUUCUUGAAGUAGACCCAGCUAAUUCUGCAGGCUAUGUGAUAUUGGCUAAUGUAUUUGCCGCUGAUCAUCGAUGGAAUGAUGUAUCAGCACUGAGGUGGUUUAUGAAGGAAAAAGGAGUCAGGAAACAGCCUGGAUGUAGUUGGAUCAGCAUUAAUGGAGUUGUCCAUGAAUUUCUAGUGGGUUCUCCAUUGCAUCCUCAAAUCGAGAGCAUACAUCACAUGUUACAUGGAUUGGUAAUGGAUAUGAAGAUUGCAAGUUCUCAGGAAACUCCAAAGCUGGAGUUAUAAUGUUACACUGAAUUGUGUCAGAGUUGUUUCAUAGACUCAAAUCAAUUGAAUGGUCUCUUUGAGAAAAUUUUGUCCAUUGACCACAAGUGAGGAUCAUAACUUUUAUACUGAAUUAUAGAAGGGAAAGGGAUGUCAGAAGCCUUCUUAUUCUUAAGCGGACUCACAUAAU